AAACCAUGGCAGAGGAAGUAAGACACAUCUUUGGGAAUAGAACGUUUUUCCAUGGACUUCUACCUCUCGUGGGGCUUCUGUUGAGCGCCUGCACUGGUGUGUGGGCCAACAAGGUUGUGGUUCCUGAGCAGGUGACUGCAGUGCUGGGGAAAAACGUUACUUUGACCUGCAGGAUGGAGGUCAGCACAAACCUCAGUCUGACCCAGAGUUCCUGGGAACGCCGUCUACCCUCCGGCACCGUAACUUUGGCUGUCUUCAACCCCCAAUACGGGACCUCCAUAACUGACGAGUACAGCAAACGUGUGCACUUCAUCAAGCCCUCAGUGCAUGAUGUAUCCAUUGUCCUGCAGGGCGUGGGGUUUGCAGACAUUGGGACCUACACUUGUAAAGUUGUCACGUUCCAACUUGGAAACAUGCAAGCAUCCACAACUGUGGACAUUAUGGUGGAGCCAAAGGUCUAUGUGUCUCCUGGUUCCUUGUCUCUGUUGGAUGGAGAUGGUAAAACUCUGGUAGCGACAUGUACAGCUGAAAGGGGUCGUCCAGCAGCAGAGGUCUUCUGGGAAUCAGACCUGCCGGGCCAGACAGCAGUCGUCACACAGCCGGAGCCUGAAGGCACUACCACCACUUUAGUACACUACGUCUGGGCCCCCACCCGGGAUGCAUUUGGUCGGACCCUCAGCUGUGUUGUACGUCACCCGGCCCUAUCCCAGGAUUUCCACAUUCCCUACCGGCUCAAUGUGUUUUUUGCUCCAGAUGUUAUGGUGAUGGGCCAGCAGGACGUGUGGUACAUGGGACAAAAAAAUGUACAGCUGGACUGUAGAGCCAGUGCCAACCCACACUUUCCGGCCCCGACCACUGCAGCCCCCACCACCACCAGCACCUCCAAGUCCAUCCUUCCUGACACCACCUUAACCAUCACAGCUCCCAUCAACCACCAUGCCCACUUCACUGCCCCAACUCAGGCCUCUCCGCCGGACAGCAGUCUGGGCACUAUCGUGGGCGGUGCUGUCGGUGGGAUCCUGAUCCUGGUGUUGCUGAUGGCGCUGGCGGGGGCUUUCUACAUGCGUCAGCGCCGAACAUUCAGAGGAGACUACUACACCAAACAGUACAUCGGCCCAUCCGACAUGCAAAAAGAGUCGCAACUGGACGUCCUUCAACCCCAUGAGCUUCAGGACGUUUACGGAGACGACUCUGGCAACGGAAGCCAAGACUUGAAGCCCAAACCCGAAGGAGACAUUAUCUAUCCCGAUUAUCCCAGUGACCACAAAGACAUGGAGGGCUGGAGAGACAAUCUCAGCCUUCAGAGAGAGGGAACGUAUUACUCCGACCACCACAACCAUCAUAAUGUGAACCCCAGUGGGCCACCGCUUCACAACGGCUCCCCUUACCUGCAGGACGAGUGCUACGACAACGGCACAGACAGCGACUAUGUGUCUCACGUGGAUGGAUCUGUGAUUUCACGCAGGGAAUGGUAUGUUUGAAAAGGCAGGGGAACUUUUACUGGACAACAAUAAUUUAAAAUCAGCAAGAACGUGUUAUUUAACUCAGCAGAGUCAGAUAAACUGUACGUUAUAAAUGUAUUUUAUGUAUUCUUCAUGCUUGGUUUACGAUUUCAUCCUCACGUUUUACACAUGGCAAACGGCUGUAAUUUACUGCAGAUAUGUUCUGGAUGGUUUUCGUUCGGUGGACUGCUGUGACUUCAGGAUGUAAAGGGAAAGGUUUACAUGGUUUAUGAUCAUAGGAUGGAUUUACACAAAGAAAACAAGUCUGCUAAAAUUAAGCUACACUGUGUGCGUAACCAUUCCAGUUACCACAUUGCACAUGACUGUUAGCUUUAAAACCAGGUGCAGCGUAUUCUUGGUACCUUCCGCUCACUUUUUUUUAUUAAAUGUAUUCAUAUGACUUCUCCAGUGUAGGAGCAAAACAUGACUUUAUUUUCACAUGAAGAGACACAUGAACUGAGUUUGAAAGUCUUGAGUCUUACGUUUUGAUUGCAGGAUUU